CUAAUACGCCGUUAUGGUAUAGUGGACGCUAGUUACCUCUACGCUUCGCAAGACGCAUCGCAAGAACAUAUGCGACUUCUUUGCACCUAAUGUGAGCAUAGUAUGAUGGACACAAAUCAACAGGAAGGCAGUCAAGAUGAUGAUCUUGCUGCCGCUUUUGACGAAGGGUUUGAUGAAGAGCUGCAGGAUGAGGCGCCCGAGGAGGACGUGGCAUCUGGCUCAGUUCACGACGAUGAAGGCGGGAGCCCGGAUUCUGGUUCAGAAGUCGACCUUGACGACUUCGCGGACCAAGCGUUUGCAGAAGUAGAAGCGCUUGAAAAGGAGACUGGCGUGGAGGCUCGACCCGCAAAGCGUCAGCGUGUGGUCAAAUUCAGUUCCACAGUCCAGGAGCUUGGCGACGGCUCCUCACCCGACGCCCCUCCCCUCUCCCCAGGUAAUCCUUUUAAAGACAGAACCGGCAGCGGCCGGCAAGCGGCCCCCACCUCCAAGGCUGCCGCAGCCCCCUGCGCGCACCCAGUGUGGGUAUUCGGGCUGUGCGGUGUAUGCGGCCUGAGCAAGGAGGCCCUGGAAGGAGACCAGGAUGACCGGUACGGGCAGUACCUGGGGGCCGCACCCGGGCAGAGCCAGCGGCAGCAGCGGGGAGGCAGUGGCAGCAGCGGGGGCGGGGGCGGAGGCGGGAGCGGGGGUGGUGCGGAUCAGGGUGGCGGCGUGCGGCUGCGUCACCUGCAUGCCAGCCAGGAGGUGGAGGUCAGCAGGCAGGAGGCGGAGCGCAUCCGCAGGGACACCGUGUCCCGGCUGCUGUCCCGGCGGCGCCUCAUCCUGAUUCUGGAUCUGGACCACACGCUGCUCAACUCGGUGAUGUCCUCGGAGGUGGGGCCCGAGGCGGCGCCGAGGCUGGCGGAGCUGCAGCGCUUGGAGGAGGAGGCCAACCUGGGUCCCCGGCGGCUGCUGCACCGGCUGGCUGACGGCAAGCUGUGGACCAAGCUGCGACCCGGCGUGUUCGAGUUCCUGGAGGGCCUGCGGGACGUCUACGAGAUGCACAUCUACACCAUGGGGGACAAGACAUACGCAGCGGAGGUCCGCAGACUGCUUGACCCCACGGGUCGGCUCUUCUCCUCCGUGAUCGCCAAGGACCACUCCACCGCCGCACACGCCAAGCACCUGGACGUGCUGCUCUCCGCUGACGAGUUGGCCCUGGUGCUUGACGACACGGAGGUGGUGUGGCCGGGGCACCGCCGCAACCUGCUGCAGAUCGACCGCUACCACUUCUUCCCCUCCGACCUGCGCAAGUGGCGGCUGGACGGCACUGCGCUGCUGGAGCAGGGUCGCGAUGAGAGCGCCGCGGACGGGGCGAUGGCCACCCACAUGCGGGUGCUCAAGGAGGUGCAUGCGCGGUUCUUCUCGACGGACGACCCCACGCUACCGCCCCUGGAGCGGCGCGACGUGCGGGACGUGUUGGCAGCCCAGCGGGCGCAGAUACUGCAGGGUUGCUGCAUCACCUUCAGCAGGUGCUGGCCGCAGGACCGCAGCCCGCGUCAGGAGCCCCUGUGGCAGCUGGCCUCCGGGCUGGGCGCGCAAUGCCGCAGCCAGUACGACCCGGCGGAGACGACCCAUGUGGUGGCAGCGGCGGGCGGCACGGAGAAGGUGCACUUGGCUCGCAGCCAGGGCAAGGUGGUUGUGUCGCCCAACUGGCUGCACGCCUGCUCCUUCAGGUGGCAGCGGGUACCCGAGAAGGAUUUUGCGGUGCGGGAGCUGGGGUCCCGGGGAGGUGGCGGAGAGGACAAGGCGCAGGGGUGCGCCGGCGGGAGCGGGAGUGGCGAUGCUGUGGGCGACAGCAAGCUGAGUGCGGAGGAGGAGCUUCGAGUGGUCAUGGCGGUGGCGGGAGGAGGCGGGGGUGGGGGUUGAGGAUGAAGGCCGAAGCGGGCAGCAGGGAGGAAGGGGAGGCUGCCGGAGGCAAGAGCAGAAACGUGGUUGCGGCUGGGUGACAGAACGAGCGGCCAGACGCCAGGUCGGGUGUAAUUCGGUGACUUGUUUUGGCGCGAUUCGUUGCACAUUGAUGGUUAAGCGAAAAGGAUGCCUUUGGUUGGCCUUGUGUUUGGCUACAUACCGGUCCAUCUUGCC